AUGAUACUCGGUUUGCUGGAAGUCAUUGGAUUUUCCAGCAGGAUUCCGCUCCAGCUCACAAGGCCAGGUCAACUCAGCAGUGGUUACAAAAGAACAUUCCAGAGUUCAUCUCUGCCUCGGAUUGGUCCUCAGGAAGCCCUGAUUUCAACCCAAGAUUAUCGGCUUUGGUCCAAACUGGAGAGGAUGGCAUGCCACAGAGCAUACCCUAACUUGGAAAGAUUCAAACAAUCUCUGGUCCGACCAUUUAGCACUUCCCUGAAGAAGUGCUCCGUGCUGCUAUUGAGGACUGACCACGGAGAUUAA